AGCCUUGCGUAGACCAUGGAGAGUUUGUUAUCGCUGCUCUGUUGCCAUUAUUCCUUGCUGAUUUUAUUUCAGCAGAAAUACCAGGUGUACGGGAACCAUUCCCAGCUCCCCAAACACCCAGGGUUCAAAGUGCUGGCAUCAGCCUCCCACUACUGGCCCCUGGAAGACGUGGAUGGGAUCCGGGAGUUCCGCGACACCAACGGAGCUCUAAGAAUCCACAACUUCACUGUGCUUCCUCCCCAUAACUCUACCUUUGUAAAUACCAAUGACUCUGCCUACUCUAACUCCUCUGCAACUGUAGAUAUUGUAGAAGGGAUGGUGAACAAAGGGAUUUACGUGACUGAAAAGAAAGGAGUCACCUUUCUCUUCUUUGGGAGCUACAGAAAUUCCUGCAUCAGUAAUCCAGAGGCGUGUGGGCCUGAAGGGGUGACGUUCUCCUUCUUCUGGAAGACCCAGGACCAGCAGGCCAAGCUGCUCCCUGCCUCUGGGGGCCGAGUGAUCUCCAGCGGCUUCAGAAUCUGCUCCAGCGAGGGCGAGGGCUCCGUGGAGUUCUACACCCGGGGCAGUGCCAUGAUGAGGUGGAAAGCGAGCUUCAGCCCACCAGGUCCCUACUGGACGCACGUGCUGUUCACCUGGCGGUCGCGGGAAGGCCUGAAGGUGUACGUGAACGGCACGCUGAGCACCACGGACCCCGAGGGGAAGGUGUUCUACGACUAUGGGGACGCCAGCCCUGACCUGCUGGGCACGGAGGGAGCGGCCCCGCGCUCGGUCAGCGGCGCCUUCGACGAGUUUGUGAUCUGGGAGAGGGCGCUGAGCCCGCGCGAGGUGCGCCAGUACUUCACUGCCGCCGUGGGUGUGCAAGUCCUGCUCUCCUCAACACUGCCCUGGUCUCUGAUGACAACCACGACAAGCCCUGCGCUCCCCACGGACGCGUACCAGCCGGUCCUGGCAGCGCUGGGCCAGCACAGGGGCAGCUCCCCCUCGGCCCUGUCCCUGCUGGGGCACCUGCAGAACGUGUCCUGCAGCCUGCCCAGCCGAGCCCUGGCGCAGCACACGGCCCUGAGCCUGGCACAGGCGUUUUUGAAAGCUAUUGAAGACUUCCUGUUGCUGUCUGACUGGAUUGAUGGACCAGAGAGCCCCGCCGUGCUCAGCAGCCUGAUCCACACCAUCGACACGGUGCUGGCUCACCUGUCCCUGCACCUGGAGGGGAACUCGCUGCCUCUGACCCUCGAGGGCUCCUCGCCCGUGGCAGAUUAUGCCGUGGUCAAAAUGCUCCCUCAGAGCCUGAACGUGUCCCACUAUCGGUUCCCAUCCCGGGGGCAGAGCUACAUCUCCAUCCCCAGUGAGGCUUUCCAUGGGAAAGGCUGCGUCACCAUCGUGGGCCUGCUCUACCACAGCAUGCAUCGCUUCUUUGACAACAUCAACCCCGAGGACACCAGGAUUGCUGGAGCUGCUGCCCACCGGGGCUCCCUGAUCUCAGCCAGCAGUUUGCUCAUCUCCAUCAAGGUGGAGCCCCUGCCCCAGCUGUCCCACAACCUGUCGGGCUCUCCCCUCAUCACCAUCCAGCUCAGCCACACCCUGACGCCCAGACAAUACAGCCAAGCACUAAAUAAAAGCAACAGAGUUCAUCUUUACUGUGCAUUCCUGGAUUAUAGCAACGGCAGCGGCGUCUGGUCCGACGAGGGCUGCGUGAGGCAGAGUGGGGACCUCAACUACUCCGUGUGCCUCUGCAACCACCUCACCAACUUCGCCAUCCUGAUGCAAGUGGUGCCCCUGCAGCUGACGAGAGAACACCAGGUGGCCCUCUCCUCCAUCACUUACAUCGGCUGUGCUCUGUCCAUCCUCUGCCUGACGAUCACCCUGGUCACCUUCGCCGUGCUGUCGUCUGUCAGCACCAUCCGCAACCAGCGCUACCACAUCCACGCCAACCUGUCGAGCGCCGUGCUGCUGGCCCAGGCCCUGCUGCUGGCCAGCUUCCAGUUCAGCCCCGCAACCCUGCCUUGCAAGAUAUUGGCCAUUCUCCUUCAUUUUUUCUUCCUGAGUGCGUUUGCCUGGAUGCUGGUGGAAGGAUUUCAUCUUUACAGCAUGGUGAUCAAAGUAUUUGGGUCAGAAGAAAGCAAGCACUUAUAUUAUUAUGGAAUUGGAUGGGGCUGCCCACUGGUGAUCUGUGUCAUUUCUGCCUCCUCGUCCCUGGACAGCUACGGAGAAAGUGGCAACUGCUGGCUCUCCCUGGAGGACGGAGCAAUCUGGGCGUUUGUGGCACCAGCCAUGUUUGUCAUUCUGGUCAACAUCGGCAUUCUGAUCGCUGUCACGAGGGUCAUCUCCAGGAUCAGCGCAGACAACUACAAGGUCCAUGGGGAUGCUAAUGCCUUCAAACUAACAGCUAAAGCCGUGGCUGUUCUCUUACCAAUCCUGGGCAGCUCGUGGAUCUUUGGCAUUUUGGCUGUCAAUGCCCACGCUUUAGUAUUUCAGUACAUAUUUGCUGUUUUUAAUUCACUACAGGGAUUUUUCAUGUUCCUGUUUCACUGUCUUCUGAACUCAGAGGUUAGAGCUGCCUUUAAGCACAAAACCAAGGUCUGGUCCCUCACCAGUAGUUCAACACGCAACAUCAAUGUGAAGCCCUUCAAUUCAGACAUUAUGAGUGGGAACAGGCCAGGCACAACCCCCACCAAGCUGAACACCUGGGAUAAAAGCAGCAAUUCAGCAAACCGCGUUGAUUUAUCAGCAGUGUGA